CAUGGUGAUCUCACAGAAAUAGGUCAGAGAGGGAUUAACAUGAGUGGAGGACAGAAGCAGAGGAUUCAACUUGCUCGAGCUGUCUAUAAUGAUGCUGAUCUCUACCUUCUUGAUGAUCCUUUCAGUGCUGUCGAUGCUCAUACAGCUUCCACUUUAUUCAAUGACUGUGUCAUGACAGCUCUAAAGACGAAAACUGUCAUUUUGGUAACUCAUCAAGUGGAGUUUCUCUCAGAAGUGGAUAGAAUUCUGGUUAUGGAAGAUGGGCAAAUUACUCAAUCAGGAAGCUAUGAGGAUCUCCUGAUCGCUGGGACUGCAUUUGAGCAGCUUGUGACAGCUCACAGGAAUGCAGUGACAGCAUUGAGUCCUUUAAAUAAUGAAAGCCAAGGAGAAUUUCCAAAGAUAGAUCGGGUUCAAUCAGAAAACUCAAGUGUUUUUAAUCCCAACAAACAGAACAGUGAGGGGGAGAUUUCGGCAAAGGGUCCACAAGGAGUGCAACUUACAGAAGAAGAAGAAAAGGAGAUUGGAGAUGUUGGAUGGAAGCCAUUCAUGGAUUAUCUCCAUAUCUCAAAAGGAUCUCUUCUUAUGCUUUCGGGCAUAUUGGCUCAGUCUAAUUUCGUCGUUCUUCAGGCUGCUGCAACUUAUUGGUUAGCAUUUGCAAUUAAAAUUCCAAAAGUUACCAGCAGCAUGUUAAUAGGAGUUUAUACUGGUAUCUCAACACUCAGUGCUGUUUUCGUUUAUUUGAGAGCCUUGUUUGCAGCUCUCCUUGGAUUAAAGGCGUCCAAAGCCUUUUUCUCUGGUUUCACAAAUUCCAUUUUUAAGGCUUCAAUGCUUUUCUUUGACUCUACUCCUGUUGGGCGUAUUUUGACCAGAGCUUCAUCAGAUUUGAGUAUUGUGGAUUUUGACAUUCCUUUUGCCUCUAUUUUUGUGGCGGCUUCUGGCACUGAAGUUCUAGCAACUAUUGCAAUCAUGGCCUUUGUCACAUGGCCAGUUCUAAUUGUUGCCAUCCUUGCUAUGUUGGCAGUAAAAUACAUUCAGGGCUAUUAUAUGGCUACUGCAAGGGAACUAAUAAGAAUUAAUGGAACAACAAAAGCACCAGUUAUGAAUUAUGCAGCUGAGACAUCACUUGGAGUUGUCACAAUUAGAGCCUUUAACAUGGUGGACAGGUUCUUCAGAAACUACCUAAACCUUGUGGACAUGGAUGCCAAGCUUUUCUUCUUUUCUAAUGCAACCAUGGAGUGGCUAAUUCUAAGAAUAGAGACACUUCAGAAUCUGACAUUAUUCACUGCUGCAUUUCUUAUACUUCUACUUCCGAAAGGCCAUAUAGCUCCAGGACUUGUUGGGCUCUCUCUUUCUUAUGCUUUACAACUGACAGGCACACAGAUUUUCCUGUCUCGGUGGUAUUGCAACUUAUCAAACUACAUAAUUUCAGUUGAACGGAUAAAACAGUUCAUGCACAUACCACCAGAGCCUCCAGCAAUAGUAGAGGACAAGAGGCCACCAUCAUCCUGGCCUUCUAAAGGCAGAAUAGAGUUGCAUGAGCUGAAGAUAAGAUAUCGUCUGAAUGCUCCAUUGGUUCUCAAAGGGAUCACUUGUACAUUUGAAGAAGGAACUAGAGUAGGAGUUGUUGGAAGGACUGGAAGUGGCAAAACUACAUUAAUAAGUGCCUUGUUUCGUCUGGUAGAACCUGCAGGUGGGAAAAUUUUUAUAGAUGGACUUGACAUAUGCUGCAUGGGACUGAAAGAUCUGAGAAUGAAUCUAAGCAUCAUCCCUCAAGAACCAACUCUAUUCAAAGGCAGUGUUCGAACUAACUUAGAUCCCCUCAGCCUUUACUCAGAUGAUGAGAUAUGGAAGGCUUUGGAGAAGUGUCAACUUAAGGCAACAAUCAGUAGCCUGCCAAACAAGUUAGACUCAUCAGUCAGUGAUGAAGGUGACAACUGGAGUGUGGGACAGCGACAACUCUUUUGCCUUGGAAGGGUUCUGCUUAAGAGGAAUAGAAUUUUGGUGCUAGAUGAAGCUACUGCUUCCAUAGACUCUGCCACUGAUGCGAUUAUACAAAAAAUUCUCAGAGAAGAAUUCUCCAAAUGCACGGUGAUAACUGUUGCUCAUCGUGUCCCUACAGUUAUAGAUAGUGACAGGGUCAUGGUCCUCUCAUAUGGGAAAUUGGUGGAGUAUGAUGAACCCUCAAAGCUUAUGGAGACAAACUCUUCUUUUUCUAAGCUUGUAGCUGAAUACUGGUCCAGUUGCAGGAGAAAUUCCUAUCAAACUCUAAACAACUGUUAAAGAAAAUGGCACUGCAUGUCGAGUGUCAACCCCAAUUAUAAUAAGAACAUGCGUUGGGUAUCUAAGCCACAGAAAAAAUCCCUGUAGUGUGUUCGCCAUGAUAGCUGUAAGGGUAGUGGAAAAGUAAAUUAUUUGAGGUGAGGGAAUUAGUGUUCUUUCUAUCAAUGAUUUCAGCGUUAGUGGGAAACAAUGAGUAUCAUUCUGAUGCAGAAAGUAUGCUUCUUCCUUUUCUGUAUUUUUAUUUAAUCCCAGAUAAAGACAACUAGCAGUACAGUUAAUCGACGA